UCACCGUCACUGCAGAGUGUACCAAAGCGCGAACCGCCGUCGUCGUCUCUCUCACUCUAUUGAAGCCAUGGCGGAGACGAAGCGAAAAUCCAGAGACGACGGAAGGAGACAACAGAGCAAGAAGCCGAGAACGAACAAGAAAGGCAAGGGCGCCGCCGAUAAGGCAGAAAGAAAAGGCCCUCGCUUGCCCAACGCUCUGCGCAAGGAGCUCGAGCGCUUAAACCCUAGAACCGCCGACUCCGACGAGGAGGUUCCUUCCGAUGAAGAGGCUUUGGCUCAGGACCUUUACGAGUACGAGGAGGGACGCCCCGAGGAGGAGUCUAAGAAGAACCGACGAUUCGAUCCCGUCGAUAACCUCGAUUACGAAUUACCUGAGGAUUUUGAGGAUGAAAAUGUGUCAUCAGAUGAUGACAAUGAGGGCGGGAACGGCGGAGAGAGCGAGGUUCAGAUGGAAAAUGAUGCAAGGAGAAUCAGAGAAAUUCCGAGUGAAGGGAGGAAGAAGAAGAUAAACAAUGUUGUAGUGUCAGAGGCGUAUCCUGAGUCCGAGUAUAAUCCUACCCGUGAUGUGUUGGAGGGUGAAGGAGUGCUUAGCAUCGGAGACCUUUUGGACCCUCUCCAAGGGAAACAUGGUUUUAGCAAACUUAGGAAGAGAGUGCAUACCCUGGAGAAGAAAUCUGCACCUAUUCAAGCUCCACUUCCCAAGCCUGUGCAGGAGAGAGUGGAGAGGAAUGCAGCGUAUGACAAGUCAAAGGAAGAGUUAUGGAAGUGGGAGUCAACUGUAAAGAAUAAUAGGAGAGCACCUACCAUAUACUUUGAUGCUGAUAGGGAUCUAGGGCCUUCAUCCGUGGGAACAAUAGCAUCUGAAUUUGAACCUCGAACUCAGUUCGAGAAGAAAAUGGCUUCAGUACUUCAUGUUGGCGAGGUUAUGGAUGCUCACAGAAAAGAUGGUUCAAGGCUCCUUGAAUUAAAUAAGGUUUCUGCUGAAGAUGAAAAGGAUCGCCAGAAUCGGAUCGCCAAGAUGCGCAGUCUUCUGUUCCGGCAUGACUUGAAGUCAAAACACAUAAAAAACAUCAAAUCCAAAACCUAUCGUCGUUUGUCGAAGAAAGAUAAAUUGAAGGCAAACUCUUUACAAAGUCAAAUGGAUCCAGAAGCUUCUAAAGAACUUGCAAAGAAGCAAGAGUAUGAACGAGCAAAGGAACGGAUGACUCUGAAGCACAAAGGCAAAUCUAAGUGGGCACAGCGCAUAAAAGAGCGUGGUAUAGAUGUCCAAGAUGACGGUACUCGAGCUGCGAUAGCUGAACAGCAGCACCUGCAUGCUCAGCUGACAAGAAAAAUAAAUUCUAUGAAAGAUAGUGACACCAGCAGUGAUGACGUUAGUGAUGAUGAUGACGACGAUGAUUUUGAUGUUAGCGCAGACAACGAGGGUAGGGCAUCAAAGUUGUUAGAAAAAGCAAAGGAGAAGACACUUAAACUGUUACAUGAAGAUAACGAAGUUCCAAACUCAGGAGUUCUUAGUUUGCCUUUCAUGGAGCGUGCAACUAAAAAAAAGAAAGAGGCAGCUGCUGAAGAAGCUAAACUUGCUCUUCAAGAGUAUGAUUCAUGGGAAAAUCAAUUGGGGGGUUCAGGUGGAGGAAAAAGUCCUAAAGUAGGCCGUACGAGUGGAAGAAUGGUUUUUAAUGGAAAGGAGGCCCCAGAAUCAAGUAAGAAGACUAAAUCAGAUGAUAAGAAUAGAUCAGAUAAUUAUUACGGUGAUAGUGAUAGUGAAGAUGAUUUGGAACCCAUCAGUAUUUCCCCUGUCGGUAAAAACAGAAGUAAUGAAAAAAUGAAGGAUGCCAACAUUUCUCCUGUUUUACUUCAUGAAGAUUCUGAAAACCACAAGGACCCUUUUUUCAAGAACAUUGAUGGUAGUGUUCAAGACCCAGGUCCCCAGGCUACACAUGAAGUUUCGAUUUUUGCUUCAGGCGCAUGGAGAAAGAUGAAUGGAAGUGAUGCAAAUGCCAAUUCCAAGAAGUCUUCUGCAUCACUGCAAUCAGUUGUGCUUGAUCCGAAUGUGCAAGAACCUGUAAAGGAUUUGGAUGAUGACAGUGAUUCAGAUAGUGAGGAACAAAUGGCAGAUGGUGUCUUUUCAGCGGUACCAGAACCAUCUUAUGAACUUCCUUCCCAGGAAGAGCUAAUUCGUCAAGCCUUUGCAGCAGAUAAUGUGGAGGAUGAGUUCAAGAAAACCAAAGAGGAUAUUUUGAACGAGGAGAAUCCGGAACCUGAAAAGCCUACAUUACUCCCUGGGUGGGGUCAGUGGACUAACGUCCAGAAAAAGAAAGGAAUACCUUCUUAUAUGCAGAUGGAACAUGAAAGUGCCAAGAAGAAGAGGGAAGAAGCCCUUAAAGGGAGGAAGGAUGCUAAUCUCAAACAUGUUAUUAUCUCUGAAAAGCCGCCAAACAAAAAGGCUCAAAAACUUUUCACACAAUCAUUGCCCUACCCUUUCACAUCCAAAGAUGUUUUUGAACAGAGCAUCCGCAUGCCCCUUGGUCCUGAAUUCAACCCUGCAAGUAUGGUUGGAGCUCUUAAUCGGCCUGAAGUGAUCAAGAAAACUGGUGUAAUUAUAAAGCCCAUUGAGUUUGAGGAGGUGAAUGCUUAUGAAAAAAUAGAGGGGCACAAAAAGAGUGGACAGAAACACGAGAAGAACAGCAAGAGUAAAAGCAAUAGCAAUAGCGGCAAAAAUAUGACAAAGAUGAAGACGAAAAUAACGAGAGUUACUUAACAAGAGUUCUGUUCUUUUUACUAUUUUCGGAAACUGUCUUCUUUGGUUUCCAAUUUUGAAUGAGAUGAAGAGUGAAAGGAGAUAGAUCUAGCGUAAUCUAUGUAAAAUUUUACUGAACUGGUGAGUGGAAAAAAUUACUUGAAGUAGUAUU